UCCCCCCGAGCAUGUGCCCUGAGUGCACUGGGGUACGAUGUGGACUCCCAUCUCAAAUCCACAAGGCCACUGGGAGUGACAAUCAAAGUUAAUUGGUAGAGAGCAUGUGUAACCUAUUAUAGCUCAUAUAGCAGUGCUGCCCAAUCUGGCCCCUGCCAGAGAGUCCAUAUUUUUGCUACCGGGAGCUGGGAGGAAGCAGAAGCAUGGACUGUCUGUGGGUCCCUGAGGCUGGCAUGGGCGGCAGGUGGGGCUAUAGGAGUGGUGACCUCAUGGACAGUGUCCAAAGGGCGCUGGAAGUUGAGCCCAGAGAAGGAGACGCGCUGGGGAAGGAUAUCUAAGCCCUACCACUUUAUUCUCCUCCUUUUUUACUCCUACUUCACCUUUCACAAUCCGUUUCUCCGGCCAUGUGAUACUUUUCAGAACCUAACCAAAGCACGGUGUCCUACAUCAAUUUGAUCAAUACUCUACUUUGCCUUCAUUUUCAUUCAGCUCGUCCUGUGCCAUCAAUAUGAAAUAACGUGCUAGUUUCAGAAGCAUGCAAGGGUAGGGGGCACAAAGUGACACAGCAGAACAUCGAUGAUAAACUCAUCAUUGCCAAAAUUUAAUAAAGCACUCAGUUCCUUUCCAGCGCCUCACCUUCCCUCAUCAUGCACGUCCUCCAAACCUACCUGCAGACUGACGUUCACAUCAUAUUAUUUAAUGAUCAUCAACAGAAAAAUGAGCUAUUUUUGCUGCAUCAGGUAUAGAUAUUGACAACAAUAAAAGGAUCAUGUCAUUUACUUCCUGUUGGCUCUGUGACUUGUAGGGGUAUCAAUUCAGCCUGUUGCACUUGUUCCUCCUCCCUGUAGGUGGAGACACCAUUGCUCCUGCGAGGCCUGAAACACUGAGGCUCCGAAAGACGAGCCCAGAGCCUCAGCUCUCUGGAGCAGCACGCCUUGCUGUGGCUGGUAAAACGGAACCAAGUCAGGUGUUUCAGUGAGGUUUGGUCCCCUUCAACCAGCUACUGCGCUGUGAAUUCUGCCAUCAAGCUCAGUAAAAAGCCAUAAAGAGAAGGGUUUGCCUAACGGAGGACAAGUCAUUCAAGACAGUAGAGAGAGGAGGUGGACAAGGCAACAUGACGCCAUUCUCCAGAGCACCUCUCAUCACUCACCCACGCGGUAGCGGAGUUCUUCCUACGCGGUGACUCGCGCCGCGGCGUCGCUCGCGCUCCAGCAGGUGGCGCUAUCACGCGCAUACCCACGCGCUCCGCUCUGCCAAACAUGGCGGCUUCAGCAGAGAAGCAGCGGCCGAGGGACCAGCCGCUCCCUGAAGGAGACGUGGAUUCAAAGAGAAAUGACAUUUUACGUUCAAAAAAUGAAGGACAGGAGUUGAGCAAAGAAGAGAAACAGAGGCUGAGAAAGGAGAAGAAGCAGCAGAAGAAGAAGAAGAAGGAUGAUGGGUGUCCCUCGAACAGCCAGGCAGAAAAGCAGCCUGUAGCCCCUGGGUCAUCGCAGGCGCAGAUCCAGCAGGCUGCACAGACGCAGAAAGCCCCUGUAUCGCCCCCCGCUUGUGAUGCCUCCACACCUGCCGACAAACCUCCCAAGAAUAAAGCAGAGCGAGCAGAGAGACGCGCGCGGCAGGAAGCGGACCGAGCCAACAGGCAGUCUAGAAAGGGAGAUCCCGCCUCCCAGGUGCCUGUUGGCAAAUCCAAGCCUCCCCCAAGUGAAUCUCAGCCAGUGGUGAAACGACUGCCAGAACACGUUCAGGUGGAUGAUCCCGCAGCUGUGAGGAAACUGGCUAAAAAGUUGGAAAAGCAGCAGAUCCCAGUGAGGUCUGAGUAUGGCUACAAAGUGUCUUUAUUCUCCCACUUACAUCAGUACAGCCGUAAGGCACCUCUUACUCAGCAAAUCAGCAUUCCAAAUAUGGUGAUCCACCCUUCUGUCGUGCGGCUGGGCCUGCAGUACUCUCAGGGUAUCGUGGCAGGCUCCAACGCCCGCUCCAUCGCCCUGUUACACGCCUUCAAACAGGUUAUCCAGGACUACAGCACCCCUCCCAACGAGGAGCUGUCCCGAGACCUUGUAAACAAACUGAAGCCCUACAUCAGUUUUCUCAGUCAGUGUCGCCCCCUGUCAGCCAGCAUGGGAAAUGCAAUCAAGUACAUCAAAAAGGAAAUCUCCAAUAUUCCAAACAGUUUGAGAGAGGAAGAGGCCAAGUCCCACCUGCAGAACUGCAUCGAUAAUUAUAUCGAGGAGAAAAUCAACCUGGCGGCCAAGGCCAUCUCAAAGUUUGCCAUCGAGAAGAUCAGUGAUGGCGACGUCAUUCUGGUCUAUGGAUGCUCAUCUCUGGUCAACCACAUCCUGUGUGACGCUUUUGAGAAGGAGAGGAAGUUCAGGGUGAUCGUGGUGGACAGCCGGCCCAGGCUGGAGGGCAGGGAGGCCCUGCGGAGGCUGGUGAAGAUGGGCAUCCGGUGCACCUACGUCCUCAUUUCUGCUAUCUCCUACAUCCUGCCUGAGGUGUCCAAGGUCUUCCUAGGAGCCCACGCACUCCUAGCCAACGGCUACGUGAUGUCGCGUGUUGGGACGUCCCAGAUCGCCCUGGUGGCCAAGGCCUACAACGUGCCUGUGCUGGUGUGCUGCGAGACGUACAAGUUCUGCGAACGCGUGCAGACGGACUCCUUCGUGUCCAACGAGCUCGAUGACCCUGAUGAGCUCAUGGCCACCCGGAAGGGGAAGACACAGCUGGAGAACUGGCAGAACGUGCGACUGCUGGGCCUACUGAAUCUGGUGUACGACGUGACGCCCCCCGACUUCGUGGACCUGGUGAUCACUGAACUGGGCAUGAUCCCCUGCACGUCUGUUCCAGUGGUGCUCAGGGUCAAGAACGUGGACCAGUAACCCCAGCUCCCCCCCAUCUGUGUUGUACACAGUGUUUCCUUUGGCAGAAAUAAAAUUAUUUCAAAUGGC